AUGAAUUAGAAAAGCAAUAAGGUUUCUCCAAAUCAGAAGACAAUAGGAUUUAGAUUUAAUUGUGCUAUCAAUUUAGAGCUGCUUAAAAAAUCAACUAGAAUGGCAUUACUCAAAAUGAAAUAUCAGUUGCCUGAAGAAUCAGAUCGUAUUAAAAUGAAGAAACGAAGUUUAAUCUUUGCUAAAAAUUAAUUAGAGUCAGAUAAGAAACUAUCUACUUCUAAAAUCAAAUUUUUAGAUACCAUAAAAACAAGAUGUAGUUCAAUUGCUGAUGAUAAUAAUUAAAUGUCAACAAAAAUUAUUUUCUAAAAAUACUCAAAGCAAUUAGAUAAUAUUAACUAUGGUAAUCAUCAUAUUUUACAGUCAAUUCCUUCUUAAAAGGAUUCAUGUGAUACUCUAAUUUUCCCUUUUUAAAAGUCGAUUUAUCCAUAAAGGAAACUUGUUAGAAAACACAGAGCAGAGACUUAAUAUACAAUUAAUAGUUCUAUUAAUUAACCAAGUCCAAAUAAUGCAAAAAUAAAAGUUCAGUCCCUUAUAGCAAUAUAAGAAAGAUUCGGAGAUACAGGAUGGGAAGUUGAACCAUCAGAUGAUCUUUGA